ACGAUAUGGAAAGGGAUAGCUUAGAGAUGGAUAAAGAGAAGCCGACGGCGGAAACGAUCUUCAAAGACUCCUCAUCCGCCGUCAUCAAAGUCCGGCGGAGAUUACCUGAUUUAUUGCAAUCUGUAAAGCUCGAGUAUGUAAAGUUAGGCUAUGGUUAUUUAUGUAACCCCUACUUGAUACUCAUGUUUGCCCUAAUCCUACCGCUUUCCAUUCUAAGUCUGGUUUACUUCGCGGGUCUAAAACGGGAUCCGAAUUCAGAGCUAUGGACCAAUCGAGCCCUUCGGCUUGAGAGCAUUGAUGCUGCUAAAAGACUAGCUGGUUCGCUAGUUGUAUUCUUUCUCCUUGGUCUCUACUUGGCCAAGCGGUCCAGGCCGGUUUACCUCGUCGACUUCGCUUGUUACAAACCCGAAGAUGAUCGUAAACUAUCAUUCGACUCGUUCCUGAAGAUUUCGGAAAACAGCGGAGCUUUCACGGAGGACACGCUUGAAUUUCAAAGAAAGAUAUCGAUUCGGUCUGGUUUAGGCGACGAGACGUAUGUCCCUCGAGGAAUAACAUCGAGUCCACCGAAUCUCUGCAUGGAAGAGGCUCGAGCUGAAGCUGAAUCUGUCGUGUUCGGAGCACUCGACUCGCUUUUUGAGAUAUCCGGAGUCAAACCAAAGGAUAUCGGUAUCCUUAUCGUGAAUAGCGGCUUAUUUAACCCAACCCCAUCUCUCUCAUCCGUGAUAGUCAACCACUACAAGCUACGUACUGAUAUCAAGAGCUACAACCUUGGAGGAAUGGGGUGCAGCGCCGGCCUUAUAUCGAUCGAGCUCGCUAAAAACCUCCUCCAAGCCAUUCCGAACAUGUAUGCAGUAGUGGUAAGCACCGAGAACAUCACCCUGAAUUGGUAUUUCGGGAAUGACAGGUCCAUGUUGCUAUGCAAUUGCAUAUUCCGCAUGGGUGGAGCCGCAGUGCUCUUGUCGAACAAGUCCCGAGACAGGGUUCGUUCCAAGUACGAGCUCGUCCACUUGGUUCGAACUCAUAUGGGUGCGGAUGAUGUACAUUACAACUGUAUUUACCAAAGAGAAGAUGAAAAAAGGACUGUUGGGGUUUCAUUGGCACGUGAACUAGUGGAUGUGGCUGAAGAGGCACUGAAAACCAAUAUCACCACUCUGGGUCCACUUGUAUUACCAUUGACAGAACAGUUGAAGUUCUUCGUUACCCUUGUUAAAAAGAAGAUUUUCAAGGCCAAAUCUAAGCCCUAUAUGCCUGAUUUCAAGCUUGCUUUCGAGCAUUUCUGCAUCCAUGCGGGUGGAAGGGCGGUUUUGGAUAAAAUACAGAAGAAGUUGAAGCUAGCAGAUUGGGAUAUGGAGCCUUCAAGGAUGACUCUACAUAGAUUUGGGAAUACUUCAAGUAGUUGCCUGUGGUAUGAGUUGGCAUAUUCGGAGGCAAAGGGUAGGAUCUCGGGUGGUGACCGGGUAUGGCAGAUUGCAUUAGGGUCGGGUUUUAAGUGUAACAGCGCUGUUUGGAGAGCUCUUAGGAAGACACCCAUGAAUAAGUCCAGGGGUAACCCGUGGAAGGGUGAAAUGGACAAGUAUCCGGUGAAGGUUCCUCUUGUUUGAUGACUUUCUUUAAUGUUUCUGUAAUUUCUUUAAAUACUGUUCAAAGACCUGCAUUUCCUCCAAACUAAUCAAACGACAUGUAU